GGUACCGAACUUUUCGGUGGGUUUGUGUCCCCUGCUUCUUUAAGCCCUUAACCUACUUCAGACCAAAAAUUUGAUAUCUUCGAUAUCAUAUUUAAGACCUGACCCAAUAAUGAAUACCCUAAUUCAGGUCCCUAAAAUAAGUACACCUCUGUAUACAUGACCUCAGCUUAUAUGGAAUGGCUUUGUGGAGAAAAAAAUUAAAAUUAUCGUUGCUUCUAAGAACGUACCCAGUUGAAAUCAUUCCUCAUUUCAGACCAAAAUGUUUUAAACUAAUCCUAUUUGAGGUUCAAAAUUCAUACCUUUUUACGUUUGACAUAUAUACAAAGCUUUUAAAAGGGAGUCCCCCCUCCCCGCUUCCCCGAAGCGAAGAGUUACCAGAAUGCUUUUAAUGUGUUUUUUCCCCGUUUUAUUGUCAAUACGUGAUAAUGUGAGAUAGACAGGCGUGGACUAGAAUAAACAGAAACGACAAUUAGUGAGUACCGUCUCCAUAAAUACCGCGAACGUUUUUAAUUUUGCCCAUUCUAUGCUAAUUACUUUUGCUGCACACAAGUGCUGCCAUGGAUUUUUGGGUAGCUUCUGGAGAAUUUGUCGCCCCUAUUAAGUGCACCAUAUAUCAUAGCAUUCAACUCAGUUGACGUUUGGCAGCAGACUGACGCACUGUGGAGACUAUUAAAAACACCGCCUUUGAGCCGGUCACUUCUUUUAUUCAGUUACGCCCACUGGUUUGGGAGAAUUAUCGCGAUAUAUGGGUCAUCUUCUCACGCCAAAAGCCCAUGAUGGCAUCUUCGACUUUGCGAAUUUCACAGCAUGAGGGAUGCUGGAGGGUGGAAUGGAAGUAAUGCAUAUCCCUAUCAGCUUGCUUCACAGAGGCACGGAUAUCAAGACAGUUUAAUGACAAGAAAAGAAGCUGACGAAGGCUUCUCAAGAGGUGGUCAGCCGCCCCUUUCAAGGAUGCAUUUUCCACCAUUUUCAUCGACAGUGGGACUUGCAUGUGGUUCGUCGCCAUUUAACGAUGCCUUGCCACCGGUGAAUAGCUCGCCAAUUCAUCCGGGUUGGAUGUCACACGAUCCUCAUUACCCACGUUUUCAUGGUGUUCAACCAAUCUUUUUGCCAGUGGAAAGAAGUAAUGUUCAUUUUCAUCGGCCACGCCAUCAACCACCCUCGCCAUGCCACAUGAGCGUCUGUAAUUUCUGUACCUGCAUUAGCUGUUGUGGGAACUCUGCUUUCCCCAAAAGGCCUCGUCUCGAAGGAGAACGAUUGCAGCCUACACUAGAAAAUGGAACGACCACGUCUGUAUUUGAUGCAACGUUGAAGGCUUCCCAGGCACACAAGACAUCGCUCCGCACAACACGCCCUCCACCUCCUCUUGUGAAAACAGUCCAGAAUGGGUCCCAUCACAGAAUAUCUGCAGUACACUGUUCUGGAACCGAAACACCAGAGAUAUCGCACACGAGGAAUAUUUCAGGAAAUGACUUCAAACAUGUUUUAUCUGCAAAUAAUGGGUGCUUAAAAGAUAACAUCAAGUAUGGAGAUGUAAGAAAGUCUUCUAUAGCGCUGAGUAAAGUGCACCCACAGUAUUCCUCCAGGAGACGUUUCGAACCUACUAAGCGUGGCUACAGUAGUGAGGUUGACAAGAAUAACAACACGAAUAGCGAGCAGCAUAAUGAGAUCGAAAAAUAUACUACAUCGUCACACGAUAACAUUCACAAGGAUACAUCUAUGUCAUUGAACCACGCGAAAAAAGAGUGGACUGAGAAACUCCCCAGAUAUAGACAAUCAAAUACAACCGAUACUGAUAAAGAGUCGUACAGAAUGAGAUCAGAAGAACUUCCGGAACAUGUUUCAUCCUCCAAAGCCCGUGAUCAAGCCUUGGACCGUAGGACAACACGAGAACAUGUACAGCAAGAACGUCAAGAACGAUGUUUUGCAAAACCCCAAGAAGAACAUUUUGUGUCUCGGGAUGGGAAUCAGAGCGGCAAAGGCCAAUCGUGUGAUCUGCAGGGGAAACAGCACACAUCGGUUUGCAAGUGUUGUAAUGAACCCCGAAGCCUCCCUGACAUACCUAAGAGGCGGCGGUACAUGCCUCAGAACGACUAUAGACCUGGUGCAGCACCAAGCGAUUACAAAGAAGAAUACCCAAGCGCGAUAAGGGACAAUUUUUAUGAAAACAAUAGAGCAACAAGCAAGAAGUAUGGGAAAUACCCAGCUCUAUCACCAACUGGAUAUCACGAAUGCAGCACAGAGUUACGUAAACACUCUUAUAGCAAUCAACAGUUGACGCCCCCGCCAAGGGAUAAGAUCGCCCUGUGCUGCCCCACAACAAAAGCGGACCAGCAGGAGUGCGGUGAUAGUCCUUUCAAGUUUCAGGCUCCGCAUUUUAAUUUGCCUGAGUCGACCGUUCCGCAACUGCGUCGUGGAAGGCCUCGAACGCGAGGUUUGAAGGACAAAUCCUUGGGUUACGGUGGUGUUCCAAAAUACUGUUCCAAGAGUUGUCAGUCUCUUCCGAGUAAGUCCGUUUCUCCGUGCAACAGCAGCAUGCAAACUAAUGACGAUUAUGUAUUCUCCGGGUCAUCUUGUAUUGACAGAAAUAAUAACAGCACCAGAGCAACGGACGAAAUACCUUAUAAACUAUCUGUAACCAACGAGAAUUCGACAACAAGCGUGAGAAAUUCUGAGCAUGAACAGCAGAUUACGAGGCAACCCGUGGUAUUGGAUCAGCCUAGAAAAACCACGACUCCUGGAGCGCAAUACGAUCGAAAUACAAAUACCAGUGUCACAUCUCCCUUCCAGCGGUACCAACAAUUCUCAAGUGAGAAAACACACAACAUCAAAAACGUUGAUCGGAAUCGAGAUCAGAUGGGCCCAUGGACUCAAUAUCAAGAAGCUUGCCGUAACCGUUGCCACGACUCUCCGUCCGUGUCAAAGGAUGAAACUACCAACGUCGGCAGCUUACCUCAAGGUCCUAAAAGGAAGAGUCUGUGCAGUGAUGAUUCCAAGCUCGUUACGAGUCUCAAUGAGCUCCUGAAACGUAGGACAGACGCUACUGAGAGGCAACAAAGAUCGAACAUUUCAUUUGAUGAAACCCAGAGAAAGGAAGCCAAACUAUUUCAAAAUACAAACGUUCACACCCAAAGCCCACAGUGUCAAGUGGAAAGAAGAGUAGCAACCAUAUAUCAAAGCAAGAGGAACGUAAAAUACGUGGAAGAAGAUCCAAAGCCAACCAACACUGAACGCGACGAAAACCGAAGAAUGGGCAUCACGGCAUUUCCAAACAAAAGAACCGAAGCCCAAAGCUUGCAUAGGCGUGUGGCCGAGGAAGACCCGGGACGCUCAGCGUCUCAUAGGCUUCCUAUACCCAAUCGUGAGGAAACUGAGUCUCGCGAUUUUAAAGCAACGGCCAUUAGCGCCGGAAACCAAGCUUCCUACAGUGUGGAAAACAAAGCUUUAAACGAUCAAGCGACAGACACGUCGAAAACACAACAACCUUGUCGUUCAUCAUGUGCUGUGCCACUUCCACCUGAUGAGAAUGAAUUGGACGACAUGGACAGUGGCUGCGGUGGUUACGCAAUAGACCACAGUUCCCUUCCCAAAAUUGUGGCCGUGCAUUCCAUUGUGAAACGAGAUGAGACCCAAGGAGCAGACCAAUCAAGGCUCUCUGCGGGAGAUAAGAAAUAUUGGAAUGAACUCCUGAAAAAGCUUAAUUCUGAAACGAACAAUUUCAGUGAGGGCAUCGAAUUUCAACAAAGUAAACCGGAAACGACUCCUGAAGUGAGCACGGCAAGCAAUCUCAGGAGCCUCUUAAAAGGAAGCAAGUUUAUCGACGAUCAGAAGCAAAAAGAACCAUCCCAAGAAGACAGGAACUUCACAGUUUCUCCAAGGAAAGAUUCUGUUACGCAGCCGGAAAGUUUAAACGAGGUGAAGAUGAAUGAAAGCAUUUCACACUGGACGAUGUGGGAAUAUCUUUCCACGUCAUCAACCAACGUAACAAUUCACGUCAGGAACCCAAGUGCUCACGCCGAAACUGAGAGGAAGACUCAGUUGCCUCGCAAAAAACCAACAGUCGCAGAGCUGAGCGAGAAAAUUUUGGCUACUCGAGGAAGAAUUCAGAAAGAGACAAUCCCCUGGAAAAAAAAACUCCUCCAUAGCUUGGAAGCGAUAUUCACCAAGAGACUAAGAAAAACGGAAAAGGAAACCGGAGUAAAGGCUAGUAUUUCCUUUGAGGAAGAAAAGGUUAAGGAAGAAUCGAAAGAGAAGAAAAACGGAAAGAAAGAGGGACGUAACAGCCAAGGAGGAAAGGAGAAGAUUUCUGCACCUCGCCAAAAGCAAACUAUAAAAAAGAAACUAUAAAGUUUGACUUAACUUAUAAGGCUUAAACUGUGCUAAAGGAGUUAUGUCAUGGACACGUAUGGUACGUUUUGUAUUGUUGAAGGUCUUCAUUCAAAAUGCUUCUGAACCUUUUCAA